AUGAUAUUUUUGUUUUAUAUAGUUAUAAAUGAAGAUACCUUCAAGUCUGGAUGUUCAGAAUAUGCUUUAUGUGUAAUUGCUGUAUUGCCUCAUAUCUUAGAUUGUCAGUCCAGUUGUCGUAAUGAAUACAUCAAAAUGUUGGGCUCAUUGGGAGAUAAAUUUAAACAAAAGAUUUGGGGAUGGUUAUGGUCUGAAGCAGGAAAUCAGUCUGAAUUGGAAUCAUCAUUAGAAAUUGGUGGAUUUGGUUAUCCUGCAUUAGCAGUUUUAAAUGUUAAAAAAAUGAAGUACACUAUUUUAAGGGGAUCUUUUUCAAAAGAUAGCAUUAAUGAAUUUUUGAGGGAUUUAUCAUAUGGACGUGGACGAACAGCUCCAGUCAGAGGUGCUGAAUUACCUAAAAUUAAUACAAUNGGUGCUGAAUUGCCUAAAAUUAAUACAACUGAACCUUGGGAUGGAAAAGAUGGUGAAUUACCCCAAGUAGAAGAUAUUGAUUUAUCAGAUGUUGAAUUAGAUGGUCCUUCUAAAGAAGAAUUAUAAAAACUGUUAUACUAACUCUAUUUAUUUAUUUUUUUAAGACUGAACAAGUUCUAUAUAAAAAUUAAUAUCUAACCACUUGGUCCUAUGACUUUUCAUUAGUCUAAAACAGCUAUUUUCAAAUCAAUCCUAUUUUAACAAAAAUCAUUUUAACAAUAAUCCCACUUUUCCAUUAUAAUUUAAUGUUAAGUAGAAUUUUGUAAUAUGAAAAUCAAAUUUAA